GGGGGCGCGAUGGCCGAAGUGCGCAAAUUCACCAAGCGCCUGAGCAAGCCGGGCACGGCGGCCGAGCUGCGCCAGAGCGUCUCCGAGGCGGUGCGGGGCUCGCCGGGGCUGGAAAAAGCAAAAGUGAUCGAGCCUUUGGACUACGAGAAUGUCAUCGCCCAAAGGAAAGCGCAGAUUUACAGCGACCCGCUCCGGGAUCUGCUUAUGUUUCCCAUGGAAGAUGCAUCUGUCUCGGUUAUCAUCCGCCAGAGGAGGACAGUUCAGUCCACGGUGCCGGAAGACGCUCUGAAAAAGGCACAGAGCCUCUUUGUCCAAGAGUGUAUUAAAACCUACAGCUCAGAUUGGCACGUCGUGAACUACAAAUAUGAAGAAUAUUCCGGGGACUUCCGAAUGUUGCCGUGUAAGUCCUUCAGGCCGGACAAGAUUCCAAAUCAUGUGUUUGAAAUCGAGGAAGAUUUUGAAAAAGAUGAGGAUUCCUCCUCGCUAUGCUCACAAAAGGGCGGCGUGAUCAAGCAAGGCUGGCUGUACAAGGCAAAUGUCAACAGCACUAUCACGGUGACCAUGAAGGUGUUCAAGAGAAGGUACUUCUACCUGACACAGCUUCCUGACGGCUCCUACAUCCUCAAUUCCUACAAAGAUGAAAAGAUUUCCAAGGAAUCCAAAGGCUGCAUUUUCUUGGAUUCAUGUAUCGACGUUGUGCAGUGCCCCAAGAUGCGGCGCUACGCCUUUGAGCUCAAGAUGCUGGAUAAGUACAGCCACUAUCUGGCCGCUGAAGGCGAGCAGGAGAUGGAGGAGUGGCUGGCGACGCUGCGGAAGAUCAUCCAGAUCAACGCAGAGAGCUUGGUGCAGGAGAAGAAGGAGGAAUCCCUGCCCGACGAUGAAUCAAGCAGCCAGGGAAAGUCGGAGAACAUCCUAGAGAGCUUAGAGAGAAGCAUGCAUCCGGAACUCAUGAAGUACGGAAGAGAAACGGAGCAGUUGAACAAGCUCAGCCGAAACGACGGGAGGCAAAAUCUCUUCUCUUUCGAUCCAGAAGUUCAGAGGCUGGAUUUCUCUGGGAUAGAGCCGGAUGUGAAACCUUUUGAGGAAAAAUGCAGCCAGCGCUUCCUGGUGAAUUGUCACGCCUUGACCUUCAACCUCCUCGCCCACCUGAACGACCGAUCCAGGGACCCACCUUCAAACGUGGAGCCUUUUUUCCUCAGCCUGGCGCUCUUUGACUUGAAAAGCUGUUUCAAGAUUUCAGCCGAUUUCCACGUGGACCUGAAUCCUUUGCAUGUGCGGGAGAUGCUCUCGGACGGUUCUGCUCAAGACUCCGGAAGGUCUGUGAAUAGCCACUUCCUUCACGGAAUAGCUGAAUCCCGCUUGCGCUACGUGAAGCAGGGGAUCUUCUCCGUAACCAACCCACACCCAGAAAUUUUCCUUGUCGCCCGGGUGGAGAAGGUACUGCAAGGAAGCAUUACGCAUUGCGUGGAGCCCUACAUCAAGAACUCCGACCCCGUGAAGACUGCGCAGAAAGUCCAGAAGGCUGCGAAGCUGGUGUGCAGCCGCCUCGGCCAGUACAGGAUGCCCUUCGCUUGGGCGGCCCGACCCGUCUUCAAAGACUCCCAGGGCACGUUGGACCUUGAAGGGAAAUUCUCUCCUUUCUAUAAGCAAGACAGCAGCAAGCUCUCUACGGACGACCUCCUGAAGUUGCUGGCAGAGUAUAAGAAACCAGAAAAGACAAAGCUGCAAGUGAUUCCCGGCCAAUUGAACAUUAUGCUACAGUGUGUUCCACCGGACUUCUCAAACUGUGUCACAGCCUCUUACAUUCCCAUCAAGCCAUUUGAGAAGCAAGACCAGGUUGACGGCGUUGCGGUUGAGGUGGAAGAGUUUAUCCCCGAGGUCGUGAAGUACUGCUACCCCUUCACCAUCUACAAAAACCAACUCUACGUCUACCCCUUGCACUUAAAGUACGACAGCCAGAAAACAUUUGCCAAGGCAAGGAACAUCGCUGUCCGUGUGGAAUUCAGAGACUCCGACGAAGGGGACUCCAGGGCUUUGAAGUGCGUCUACGGUAAACCUGGAGGUCCCCUGAUGACAUCGAGUGCCUACGCUUGUGUGUUGCAUCAUAAUCAGAGCCCUGAGUUUUAUGAUGAGAUUAAAAUUGAGCUUCCGAUUCACCUCCACCAAAAGCAUCACUUGCUUUUCACCUUCUAUCACGUCAGCUGUGAAAUUAACACAAAGGGGACAGCGAAAAAGCAGGACACCGUCGAGACAACAGUUGGCUUUACCUGGCUGCCCUUGUUGAAGGAUGGUCGGAUUAUCACCUCUGAGCAGCACUUGCCUGUUUCAGCCAAUCUUCCUGCCGGCUACCUGAGUGUUGGAGAUACUGAGGGACGAAGGCUGCCGAACAUUGACGUGAAAUGGGUAGACGGGGCAAAAGCUCUUUUCAAGAUCAAAGUCCAUUUGGAGUCAACCAUUUACACCCAAGAUCUUCACCUGCAUAAAUUCUUCCAGUAUUGCCAGGUGAUCCAGACAGGUGCCAAAGAGGUCCCAGGAGAACUGAUUAAACAUUUAAAGUGUUUGCACGCCAUGGAGAUCCAGGUAAUGAUUCAGUUUCUGCCUGUGAUUCUUAUGCAACUAUUUAGAGUGCUCACCAACCGGACACAAGAGGAGGAAAUUGCCGUCAACUGUACCAUGGUUCUCCUCCACGUUGUAUCCCGAUGCCACGAAGAAGGCCUUGACCACUACUUGCGGGCUUUCAUCAAGUAUUGCUUUCGACCUGAGAAGCCCGGGGUGCCACAGGCCAAGAUGACGCAUGAAAUCCUGGCUGUCGCGAUGGCAACAAUUCUCAAGCAGUCGGCAGAUUUCUUGGCCAUCAACAAGAUGCUGAAGUAUUCGUGGUUUUUCUUUGAAGCUCUGGCUAAGUCGAUGGCUUUGUACCUCCUGGAGGAAAACAAGAUCAAGCUCCCCAGGGUGCAACGGUUUCCUGAGUCCUACAAUCACGUCUUGCACUCGCUGCUCCUCGCCAUCAUUCCUCAUGUGAACAUCCGCUACAGUGAAAUUCCGGAGGAGUCCAGAAAUGUCAAUUUCAGCUUGGCCAACUUCCUGAAGCGGUGCCUGACAUUCAUGGACCGAGGAUUUAUCUUCAACUUGAUCAAUGACUACGUUUCUGGAUUCAGCCCCAAAGACCCCAAGCUCUUGGUGGAAUACAAGUUUGAAUUUCUGCAGGCAAUUUGUAACCAUGAGCACUACAUUCCAUUAAACUUGCCAAUGGCCUUCGCCAGACCAAAACUUCAGAGAUUUCAAGAUUUCAUUUCCAUGGCUCUGACGCCGUUCACUUCAGUAGAUGUAAAUCUCGAAUACAGUUUAUCCGAUGAGUACUGUCGCCACCACUUCUUAGUGGGUUUGCUCCUGAGGGAGACGUCCGUUGCCUUGCAAGACAAUUACGACAUCCGAUACAUGGCUAUCAGCAUCUUAAAGAGCCUUCUGAUAAAGCAUGCUUUUGACAACAGAUACCAGCAUAAGAACCAGCAGGCCAAAAUCGCUCAGCUCUACUUGCCUCUGGCUGGACUCGUCUUGGAGAACAUCCAGCGUCUGGCCAGCCGGGACACUCUGUACCCUUGUACCGCCAUGUCAACCUCCACAUCCAGAGAUGACUUUAUGUGCAAUUUUACAUCGCCUUCCAACCGGACAAGCCUCAUUGUCGAAAAAGAUGCACUUUAUGGCGCUGCUCUCCAGAACGGACUUUCCAUGAAGAGGGAGGACUCCAAAGGAUCCCUCAGCUCCGAACUAGUGGCUGGCUCCCCUGACCAGUGUAGCACCGGUGAAAAUAUGCGGCGGAGUUCCACACGCAGCAGCGUCUCCCAGUUUGGGCGGCUGGACCAGUACGAGAUCCGGAGCCUCCUACUCUGCUACCUUUACGUGAUUAAAAUGAUUUCCGAAGAUACCUUGUUAGCCUACUGGAACAAAAUAUCCCCCCAGGAGCUGAUGAACGUCCUUGUUCUUCUAGAAGUAUGUUUAUUUCACUUCAGAUAUGUGGGGAAAAGAAACAUUGCCAGGGUCCACGACGCUUGGUUGUCAAAACACGUUGGCGUCGACAGGAAAUCCCAGACGAUGCCUGCCCUUCGCAGCAGAGCCGGCACCAUCCAAGCCCGCCUUCAGCACCUGAGCAGCCUGGACAGCUCGUUUACGCUUAAUCACAGUGCCGGCACGUCAGAGGCAGACAUUGUCCACCAGGCCUUGCUAGAAGGCAACACAACGACCGAAGUGACCCUCACUGUCCUGGACACCAUUUCGUUCUUCGCCCAGUGUUUCAAGAACCAGCUUUUGAACAACGACGGGCACAACCCGCUGAUGAGAAAGGUUUUCGAUAUCCACCUCGCCUUCCUCAAAAACGGGCAGUCCGAGGCGGCCCUCAAGCACGUCUUUGCCUCUCUGAGAGCUUUCAUCAACAAGUUCCCAUCAGCCUUCUUCAAGGGGAGGGUGAACAUGUGCGCUGCCUUUUGCUAUGAGGUCCUCAAGUGCUGCACCUCCAAGCUGAGCUCCACGCGGAAUGAGGCGUCCGCCCUCCUCUAUCUCCUCAUGAGGAACAACUUUGAGUUCACCAAACGAAAAACCUUUUUGAGAACUCACCUCCAGAUCAUUAUUGCCGUGAGCCAGCUGAUAGCCGACGUGGCGCUCAGUGGAGGUUCACGAUUCCAGGAAUCGCUCUCAAUCAUCAAUAAUUUUGCCAACAGUGACCGGCCGGUGAAGGCAACGGCCUUUCCUUCUGAAGUCAAAGACUUGACCAAGAGGAUCCGGACGGUGCUGAUGGCCACGGCUCAGAUGAAGGAGCACGAGAAGGAUCCCGAGAUGCUGGUCGACCUGCAGUAUAGCUUGGCCAAGUCCUACGCCAGCACCCCGGAGCUGAGGAAGACGUGGCUGGACAGCAUGGCCAAGAUCCAUGUCAAGAACGGAGACUUCUCCGAGGCAGCCAUGUGCUACGUUCACAUCGCGGCGCUGGUAGCAGAGUUCCUUCACAGAAAAAAAUUAUUUCCUUCUGGAUGCUUGACUUUCAAGAAAAUUACGCCCAAUAUUGAUGAAGAAGGUGCGAUGAAAGAAGACGCUGGGAUGAUGGACGUUCAUUACAGCGAGGAGGUCCUGGUGGAACUGCUGGAGCAGUGCGUUGACGGCCUGUGGAAAGCAGAGCGUUACGAAACCAUCUCGGAGAUUUCCAAGUUGAUCAUCCCCAUCUAUGAAAAGCGGCGCGAGUUUGAGAAACUUACCCAGCUGUACCGGACGCUCCAUGGCACUUACACCAAAAUUCUGGAGGUGAUGCAGACCAAAAAGAGGCUGCUGGGCACGUAUUUCCGGGUGGCUUUUUACGGACAGGCUUUCUUUGAAGAAGAGGAUGGCAAAGAAUACAUCUACAAGGAGCCCAAGUUAACGGGCCUGUCAGAGAUCUCCUUGCGGCUGCUGAAACUUUAUGGGGAGAAAUUUGGAGCCGACAACGUCAAAAUCAUCCAGGAUUCAAAUAAGGUGAAUGCCAAAGACCUGGAUUCCAAAUACGCCCAUAUUCAAGUGACUUACCUGAAGCCCUUCUUUGAUGAGAAAGAGCUCUCGGAGAGGAAGACAGAUUUCGAGAGGAACCACAACAUCAACCGAUUUGUGUUUGAGACGCCGUACACUUUGUCUGGGAAAAAGCACGGGAGCGUGGAAGAGCAGUGCAAAAGGCGGACGAUCCUUACCACGUCCAACGCUUUCCCCUACGUCAAAAAGAGAAUCCCAGUCAGUUACGAGCAGCAGGUGAACCUGAAGCCGAUUGACGUGGCCACUGACGAAAUCAAGGCCAAGACGGCCGAGUUGCAGCAGCAGUGUGCCUCCCCAGAUGUUGACAUGAUCCAACUUCAGCUGAAGCUACAGGGCUCCGUUUCGGUGCAGGUCAAUGCCGGCCCACUGGCAUACGCACGGGCUUUCCUAGAUGACAAGCAUUCCAGCAAGUAUCCAGCCAAGAAGGUGAAUGAACUGAAAGAGAUGUUCAGGAAGUUUAUUCAGGCCUGCGGAAUUGCCCUCGAGUUCAACGAACGGCUGAUCAAGGAAGAUCAAGCUGAAUACCACGAAGAGCUAAAGUCCAACUUCAGGGACAUGGUGAAAGAGCUUUCAGACAUCAUACACGAACAGAUGUACCAAGAAGACACGAUCCAUUCCUCGUCGGUGUACAACACCUUACAUGUGUUCUGUGCCAUAAGUGGAACUUCAGGGGAUGGUUACGGCACAAUUAGAUCUUCACCCGACUUUUAAAAAAGAGCUAGGAGCAACGCUUGACAUUUUGCAGAUCUUUCUCAGGAAUACUUGGAACGUUGCCUGAAAGACAUUAACCUCCAAACGCGUGACCAGAAUACACUCAAUAUUUUCUUUUUCAAAGCAGAAUCAGCAGGCUUCCAAACCAGGGUACUUGCUUAAUUUACAGACCAACCAGGAAAGUGCCUCCCUACAUUUCGUUUUGUUUUUUGUAUCUUUUUUUGUGUGUGUCCGUGCGUGAUGUUAAAUAUAUACAAGACACCAAAAGCAUUUAUCAGGCCCCGUUGUAUGGAAGAAUGAACUUGAAAAUGGUACCGUGUAAAGAUGUACAAUGGAAUAUAAUAAAAUGUAAGGCUGUUUUUUAAAUAA